AUGACUUUGUUAUCUGAGCAGACAGUAAAGAGUCAAAGUGAUUAUCGAACUCGAUUGAAUGCUUCAAUUGAGUGUGCUCGUUUUUUGUUGCACCAAGGACUUCCAUUUCGUGGCCAUGAUGAAUGUGAAUGUUCAAGCAACCAAGGAAAUUAUUUAGAGCUCUUGCAUUUUCUUUCUAGAAAUAAUGAAGCUAUUAAAAGAGUUACUUUCAGUGAAGCUCCUAGACAUAACAAAUUGACUUCUAUAGAUAUUCAAAAAGACAUUACUCAAGCUGCUGCAGAGCACAAGCUUCGUGGGCGUUUAAGGCGAAAAUCUCAAGGGAUUACAAACCUACACCAUUUCCGUUAUGAAUUGUUUAACAAUAUCAUUGACAUGCAACUUACUGAGUUGGAUGAUCGUUUUACUGAGACGAGUAUAGAGUUACUUCUUUGUAUGGCAUGUUUAAACCCAAGUGACUCUUUCUCUGCUUUCAACAAAAAAAAGCUUCUUCGUCUUGCUCUUUUUUAUCCCAGUGAAUUCUCUAUAGUGGACCUUAUGGUACUUGGUGACCAACUUGAUACGUAUAUUAUUGAUCUACGUGGUGAUGAUGAGUUCUCUGGUAUUGAAGGUAUUGCUAGUCUUGCAGAGAAAAUGGUAAAAACAAAGAAGAAUUUGAUAUUUCCAUUAGUAUAUAUGCUUAUCAAAUUAUCAUUACUUCUACUAGUUGCAACUACUACAGUGGAGAGAGUUUUUUCUGCUAUGCAUAUUGUCAAGAGUAGAUUGCGGAAUAGGAUGGGAGAUAAGUGGAUGAAUGAUAGUUUGAUUGUAUACAUUGAGAAAGAUAUCUUUGAUAAGAUUGAUAAUGAAGCUAUUAUGAAGCGGUUUUAA